GCUUGAGAAUUGCGGUUCUGAAGCGAAGCGAGAUGCCGCGGCGAAUCUAGCUGGAUGCAGCCUAGCCCGCCAGCCAGCCCACUUGGACGUCAUGCAUGCGCAACGCGACGAGUUCCGAAGCUCAUGGGUGUCGCCGUCGGUGCUUCUCCACCAGUCGGUCAGUCGGUCAGCCAGCCAGCAAGCAAGCAGUGCACUACCGCCCCAAGCCGAGUGGAUGGGCCUAGGAGGGGAUGGGACUACGAGUAGAAGCGGCACCAGCUCGAGUAAGCAGAGAAGGGAGAUGGGAGAUGGGACAAGGGACAAGGGAAAACAAGGAGGCGUGCACGGUAAUCGAUAGCCGAGCGACAACCCACCCCAACCCGACCCAUUCUCGUUCCACAGACCGUCCGGCCAGUCGCGCCCGAAGGCAGCCACCGCGCUUUCCCGAGCGAGCGAGCAAAGUAAUCGUCCGUCGCCGAGAGCGUCUCAGUCCACUGCACGACGGGAAACGGAGAGCGAGCGCGGGGCCGCGGAAUCCAAGGACCGACCGUCAUCGCACCCCCAAUACCCACCACCAGCCACGGUGCCCACAUACACCAACACGCGGAAUGGCGACGGCCGGCAACAACUCUGCGUCGUCGACGCUGCGAACUAACUAUCCACUCUGGGCACCCAUCUCUCUCUGCCGAGGAUGUGACAACGCGCUCGAUUGUUUUCUUUAUUUCAAUUUCGGUUUCGAUCCAACUGUUGGUCUUGAUUCCGCGGAUGUUUCGUUUGCUUGCUUGCUCGCAGUCUGUAAUGAUGCCGGUCCCGUCUUGCGCAUAUCCGCCGUGUGUGGGAGAAAGAGAUGUGCCACGGCAGAAACCUCGUCGCAUCGCUCUCGACGGUGUAACUUGACCGGACAACAGGUCUCAGUACGCAAGCACUUGAAAGUUGGCAGGCAAGCAAGGCAACCAGACAGAUAGAUACGGUAGAUGGCUGUCAGCACCUACAGCACCAUCCACCCCUCCAUCCCACGCAGGGAAGCAUCCCAAACAGGAAUCCUUCACCCUUCCCGCAUCCCAUAAUCUCCAACGAAUCCCGCUCAAUCAAUCCACAACACAGAGGCAUUUCGAUUCCCCCCCCUCCUCUCCGGAAAUAACUGGCGUUGCCGCAAUCCCCGCACCUGGCAGCAAG